CUCAGGUGCAAAGGUCUGUUUAGGGCUCCUUAUUUCCAAAUCGUUGUUCUUGCGCCUGUAUUCAUUGACAUCCUUAUAAUUCCGUUACGCUAUAAGCCAAACGAGCAAGUUUGACCUCGAGGGUCAGACUUUCCGACAUUCUUCAGCAGCAGCAUGCGAGUUCUCUGUGUAGCAGAGAAGCCUUCCAUCGCUCGGUCAAUCAGCUCAAUUCUCUCUGGUGGUCGUCUGGAAACACGUGCAACGUCCAAUAGAUUCAUCAAGAACUUCGAUUUUGAUUAUCCACAGACCCAGUCACAUUUUACAGUAACCUCCGUCUCUGGCCAUUUGCUAGCUCACGACUUCCCGGACGAGUAUAGGCAGUGGAAUGCUUGUGACCCUAUCACGCUGUUCGAUGCACCUAUUCAGACCACUGUACCCGCAGACAGCAAGAGUAUCGAGCGCAAUCUCUUGACUGAAGCACGUUCAGCAGAUACCCUUAUGAUCUGGACAGAUUGUGAUCGCGAGGGAGAAAACAUUGGGAGCGAGAUUGUCAAGGUAUGCAGGAAAUCGCGCCCACAAAUCGUUGUGAAGAGGGCUAGGUUUAGUGCUAUCAUUCCUCAACAAAUUCAUCGUGCUGCUCAGCACCCCGUCGAGCUUGACAUGGCCCAGGCCCAUGCUGUCGAAGCGCGCAUCUUCCUUGACCUAAGAAUAGGCGCUGCAUUUACGCGUAUGCAAACUCUUACAUUGCAGACGCGGCUCGCCCAGUUUCGUGAAAAAAGAGAAGUCGUUUCGUAUGGUCCUUGUCAAUUUCCGACCCUCGGGUUUGUCGUCCAAAGAUACAAUCAAGUCAAGUCCUUCGUGCCUGAAGACUUCUGGUACAUACACCUUUCUGUGGAUCGUGAUGACAUGAAGGUCGACUUUAACUGGAAAAGAGGGCACUUAUUUGAAAACGAUAUUGUUGCUGAGAUAUAUGAGGAGGUUUCGCAGAGUCCCACUGCCAGAGUGGUGAAGGUGACACAGAAGGAUGUGAAAAAAUACAAACCACUCCCGCUAACCACCGUAGAGCUGCAGAAGGCUGGAUCCAGACUGUUAAGGCUAGCUCCAAAAAAGGUCCUCGAUAUCGCGGAGAAGCUUUACCAACAAGGCUUCUUGUCCUACCCACGCACUGAAACAGACCAGUAUGAUCCUCAAUUCAAUUUCAUGACACUCAUCGAAAAGCAAACCGCCGAUCCUGCUUGGGGAGGAUUUGCUACUGGUCUGCAUCAAGGCAAUUUCAAUGCUCCAAGGCGGGGCAAAAACAACGACAAGGCCCAUCCGCCCAUCCACCCCACUGCUCAUGCAGGGAACCUUGCUGGUGACGAGAAGAAGGUCUACGAGUUCAUCACCCGGCGCUUUCUUGCAAGUUGUAGCAAGGAUGCAGAAGGCAAAGAAACAAUUGUGCAAGUGGAUUAUGGUGGUGAAGAGUUUAAUGCGACCGGAUUGAUUGUUCUUCAGAGAAACUACCUUGAAGUAUACCCAUACGACAAGUGGUCGGCAAAGGAGAUACCGAACUUCGAGGAAGGCGAGGAGUUCGUUCCUACGGUAUGUGAAGUCAAAGACGGUCAAACUUCGUCGCCGUCACUCCUCACCGAGGCGGACUUGGUCACCCUCAUGGACAAGAACGGCAUCGGCACUGAUGCUACGAUUGCUCAGCACAUCCAGACGAUUAUCGACCGCGAGUAUGUCAUCGAACGCAUGGACGGUGCAACAAAGCAUCUUAUGCCCUCGACACUCGGCAUCGGGCUUAUAGAAGGAUACAAUGAAAUUGGGUUUGAGAGAAGCUUAUCGAAGCCGCAGCUCAGGCGCGAAACCGAACGCGGCAUGGUUCGAGUUUGCGAAGGCACGAAGUCCAAAGCAGAGAUGCUCACCGAGAGCAUCGAACAGUACAGGGAGAUGUAUGUUCUGGCAAAGAGAGAGUUCGAUAAGGUUGUUUCUAGCGUGCGAAGGUAUAUUGAACGCAACGCAGGUGCAAAUCAGGGCGGUGCAGGCGGCAACGGCGGGGGCGGGGGAAGGGGCAGAGGUGCGGGAAGAGGUGCGGGAAGGGGUGCGGGAAGGGGUGCGGGAAGGGGUGCGGGAGGGGGUGCGGGAAGGGGUGCUGGUCGAGGAAACGAUAAUGAUGAUGACGACGACAAUGGAGGACUCCCACAAGGAGGUGCAGGUCGUGGCCGCGGCCGAGGACGCGGACGGGGUGCUGCAGCCCCAAUACCCAGAGGGCGUGGACGAGGCGCUGCCAGGGCAGCUCUGCCGCCACCUUCCAACGACAUUGAUGCCGCCCCACGAUCCAAUCCGUUGCCUUCCUCAAGCACGACGCCCGAAUGUGAAUGUGGUGUUCCAUCUCAGCGCAAAAUAGUCACGCAGAAGUCAGCCCGUGAAGGUAAAGAGUUCUAUGCUUGCGGGGUCGGUGAUGGCUGCGGGUUCUUCAAAUGGUGUGAAGAUGGACCGGUCGUUCAUGUUUUGUAUCGCGUCGUGUUUCAUACAAAGCCUUGUGAGCUUAACCAGGUCGACGCUCUUGCACGUCAAUGCCAAUGUCGUGAAGACGCAGCACGGCGCACCGUCACUAAGGAGGGACCAAAUAAAGGACGAAUAUUCUGGGGAUGUCCCAAAGGAAAGGACGAUGGGUGUGGAUUCUUCGAGUGGGACGAUGAACCUUCCAAACCUCAGAGCGCUGCUGCUCCACGCCCCAUGUCGUUCCGAUCGGGAAGCCAAAAUGAUCCAACUUCCAGUAGCGGAAAGUGCUUCAAGGUUCGUGUGUGCGUGUAA